CAAGACUUUGAUUGAACAAAAUUUAAAGCCAUCGAUUGCCUUGUCUUGUCUCUUUGCCUGUUAAUUAUUUGUCUGAAUCUUCCUCUCCUGAUGAUCACUCCAAGUAACUUCAAAGAAACGCUCAGAUUCGACAGUUCUAUAUAUCAACAAACAUCAUCUCAAGCUCUUACCUGAUAUCUCUGUUUUGAUGGAUCAAAGUCGGGUUUUGCGGUUUAUAGGCCAAGUGGAAACCUGUAGAGUUGUUCUUCUCAUGGUUCUGGUUGUUGCCUUCGUUUCAGGCCUUCAGUAUUUUGAGCUCUCUCCAGUACUACUAUCUAUUGUUUCACCUGGAAACAGCACUAUUUCUGAAUUCAGAAAAUCCAAUGAUACGACUAAAAGUGCUGAAAAUGAAACGUUUCUUGCAUCUCAAGAAGCAUCCACCGGGCUUAAACCGUAUAACAGAACUACAGAGGUAUUGAAGAGUUCUGAGCACAAGUUUCUGAAUGAUUCUCACAAAAUAGAAGCUUCUGGACAACGUAGAAGAAGCAAUGAAACUGCAAGUUCUCUGCAUCCUCUUCAACCAAAGAUUCCUCAAAUCCGCAAGAAAUAUCCCCAUAGGAGCAUAACAAAGCCACCAUCAAUUGUCAUAUCAAUAAAGCAGAUGAACAAUAUGAUAUUGAAGCGGCAUAAUGAUCCAAAAAAUUCACUUGCACCUCUCUGGGGAUCAAAAGUGGACCAAGAGCUUAAAACUGCAAGAGACAAGAUCAAGAAAGCGGCUUUGGUCAAGAAAGAUGAUACUCUUUACGCACCUCUCUACCACAACAUAUCCAUCUUCAAAAGGAGCUAUGAGCUAAUGGAACAAACUCUGAAAGUGUAUGUCUACUCGGAAGGGGAUAGACCAAUUUUCCAUCAGCCUGAGGCAAUAAUGGAAGGGAUUUACGCAUCAGAAGGAUGGUUUAUGAAACUAAUGGAGAGUAGCCAUAGAUUCUUGACAAAAGAUCCCACCAAAGCUCAUUUAUUCUACAUACCUUUCAGUUCAAGAAUUCUUCAACAGAAACUUUACGUUCAUGACUCUCACAGUCGUAAUAAUCUUGUUAAAUAUCUUGGAAACUACAUUGAUCUCAUCGCUUCCAACUACCCUUCCUGGAAUAGAACUUGUGGCUCCGAUCAUUUCUUCACCGCUUGCCAUGACUGGGCUCCAACCGAGACUAGGGGACCGUACAUAAACUGCAUCAGAGCACUCUGUAACGCCGAUGUUGGCAUAGACUUUGUGGUCGGAAAAGAUGUUUCUUUGCCGGAAACUAAAGUCUCUUCUUUGCAAAAUCCAAACGGAAAAAUUGGAGGUAGCCGCCCUUCCAAGCGAACCAUCCUCGCUUUUUUCGCCGGGAGCUUGCACGGUUACGUUAGACCCAUCUUGCUUAACCAAUGGUCAUCGAGACCUGAACAAGAUAUGAAGAUCUUUAAUCGUAUCGAUCAUAAAUCAUACAUCCGUUACAUGAAACGCAGCAGAUUCUGCGUUUGCGCUAAAGGUUACGAGGUUAAUAGCCCUAGAGUGGUUGAGUCGAUUUUGUACGGUUGUGUUCCGGUGAUUAUCUCUGAUAACUUUGUGCCACCGUUUCUUGAGAUUCUGAAUUGGGAAUCUUUCGCAGUGUUUGUGCCGGAGAAAGAGAUCCCGAAUCUAAGGAAGAUUCUGAUAUCGAUUCCGGUGAGGAGAUACGUGGAGAUGCAAAAGAGGGUUUUGAAGGUUCAAAAACAUUUCAUGUGGCAUGAUGGUGAACCGGUUCGGUAUGAUAUAUUUCAUAUGAUUCUUCAUUCGGUUUGGUAUAACCGAGUUUUUCAAACGUUUUAGCCAGAUUAAUUAGGUUUGACAAGGGUUUUGGUUUGGCCUUUGCUACUUGCCAAUAAUUAACUACGUCUCCGGAAGAUUGUAUUUUGUAGAUUACUGAUUCAUAUUAGCCAAUUGGACUUGAUUACAAAU